AUGUUGGUCAAGUUCGUCUCCUCGUGGUGCGCCCACUGCAUCGAGCUGGCCCCCGCUUUCAACAAGGCCGCGGCGUCGCUGAAGGGCGUCGCGAAGCUCGCCAUGUUCGACUGCUCCGACCACACGCAGUUCGACUUCUGCAAAUCCAUCAGCAUCAGGUCUUUCCCGACGCUACCGGUCUACUGGUACGGCACGUUCGCCGCGUACCCAGAGUCCUUUGACCGCCGACGGGAUCUAUCCGGUCUGAAGGCGUCCGCGCCCAGGCGUUGUCGUGCGCCACAGCUUCGUGGUAGGAGGUCGACUGGGCGGAGGUCCUCCCUAGUGCGUACCUACGGGAGACGAGGAUUGACAUUGAAGGGCUCGGCUUGGCCGCCUAUGCGCUGAGCGAGGACAGAUACUAUGCCGUGGCCGCUCUGUGGUACUAUCGCCCGAGCUACUUCAGACCGGCGAGGGUGUCAGUAUGCAAUAUUGACGAACACAUAUAGUAGUGCCCAGUGUCUAUCG